AUGUGUUCGAACAAUAUCAUCUCCGAGGAAGAUCAGGACAAGAUUCGUGAGUUCUUGUUAGCCAAUGACUUCCUGUACGACAAACACAGAGACCAAUGGAGGGAUACACAAUCCAGGGAGAGGAAGUGGGAGGAGCUGAGCGAACUUAUAGGCCGUGAUGCCAAGGAUAUCAAACAGUGGUAUCAGUCCACAAGGUCCAAGCUGAGUGAAAUCAAGAACAAGAAGGUCACUCCAUCUGGGAGUGGUUUUGAAGUAGAAGGAGUCACUGACAAGGCCAGGAGACUGUGGGAACGUUUCCAGUUUCUGCUUCCGCACUUUUCAAGUGUAUUCAUAUCAGAUUACAGCACAAGUAUGAAGAAGAUACUAUACGUGUACGGCGUACUAAUUUUGUGGGUAUUUGUGUUGAGCUUACUUUUGAUAACAAAGAAAGGUUUCAUUGCUGAUCACUCAUUUCAGUCACAAAGUUCAAUAACGUACAAUGAAAACAUAAUAAACGACAGCAGACGAGACAGAAUAUCCUACAAAAACAUUGACUUAGAGAUCUCAUUCAUAUUCGAACCUACUGAAAUAUGUAAAUGGAACCCACACUGGAUAAUAUUCAUACAUUCAGCUCCAAAAAAUACUUUACAAAGAAACGCUGUUCGGACGACAUGGGGCAAGGACUGUUUCAACUCUUCAAGUCACAAUAUCAGCUGUGUUUUCGUGGUUGGGACGACACUUGAUAAUAACAACUCAAUCAGUGAACUAAAAUCUGAAAUAAGUUAUUUCAAAGAUGUUAUUGUUGUUAACAUAUCUGAUACGUAUGCAAACUUGACUUAUAAAACAAUGGCAGGGUUGAGGUGGACUGAUUUAAAUUGUCAAAGUGCACGUUUUGUUAUGAAAACAGACGAUGAUAUGUUUGUGAAUACAGAGUUACUGCAAGCAUCUGCUUCCAAAUAUAAUUCUUCGCAUUUUAUCGGUGGUCGCUGUUGGGGCCCGGCAGAACCAAUACGUAACAAACAAUCUAAAUGGUUUGUAAGUAUUGAACAAUACAACCGGACGCAUUAUCCAGUAUUUUGCAGUGGAUCAGGAUAUAUCAUAUCUAAAGACUUAAUUCCAAAACUUUUGAAUAUAUCUGCAAAGAUUCCUUUUCUUUAUUUAGAGGACGUUUAUAUUGGGCUGUGUGUUAACGCAUUAGGUUACACGCCUAAAAACUUAAAUGGAUUUAAUAAUGGAGCGGUAAAAAUGUCGAAAUGCAACUAUUCUAAAUCAGUCAUAACAGCGCACGGAUUUAAUCCAACAAGAUUUUGGCACGAAUGGGAAGAUAUUCAACAGUGUAGGAAUGGAUCUGUUUAAGACACGAGGACUACGCCCUAAAUGUUUUAAUAUACAUGUCAUCGUUCAAGACUUGCGAUAUGAAGUUGAGAGUUAAAUAAUUAUGAUUGCCACAAUUAUUGUAUAGACAAAUUGUAGAGAUUUUGAUCUGUUAAUUAACAUUGAUAACUGUGUUGACAUUUGUGUUGAAAGUUCCACAAGUGGUACUCUUAUUAUCUUCCUCUAAAGCAAUGAGUAAGAUAUAACUAUAUAUUUAAUUGAACUUUACUUCAUUUGUGAAGCCGCCUGUGGGUACAAAGUUGACAAUUUCAAUUUUGAGAAAAAAAUUAAACUUUAAAGUUUUGAACAUUUGUUUUACUGUCUUUCAUUAUUAUAAGUCACCAAUUCAUGGCUUAAUGUAUUGAACCUAAAGUAAAGCAAAUGUUAAAAUAGCAUCCAUAAAAUUUCCAUUAUGUCCGACAACGAUAUAAAUUAACUGAAAACGACGAUCUGUAAAAACAACCGUGUUACCUCCCUUUACCUGAUACGUUAUAUAAGUUAAAUACUAAGCUUUGAAGAUUUUAAAUACUGAGAUUAUAGAGGAAGUAGCUUUAACUGUGUGCAGCUAACCAAGGAGUGGUCAUUAAAUGAAACAAAUUUCCAAAUACUUGUUUCAACAUU